AUGUUGUUUGCUCCGCGCCCACAGUUUUUGAGAGAAUACAAGCUCGUCGUUGUUGGCGGAGGAGGAGUCGGAAAGUCCUGUUUGACUAUCCAGUUGAUACAGAGCCAUUUCGUCGACGAAUAUGAUCCCACAAUUGAAGACUCAUACCGCAAGCAAUGCGUAAUCGACGAAGAAGUCGCGCUUCUAGAUGUCCUCGAUACAGCCGGCCAGGAAGAAUACUCGGCGAUGCGCGAACAAUACAUGCGGACCGGCGAGGGCUUCCUGCUCGUGUACAGCAUCACCAGUAGACAGAGUUUCGAAGAGAUCAUGACAUUCCAGCAGCAGAUUUUGAGGGUCAAGGAUAAAGAUUAUUUCCCCAUCAUUGUUGUAGGCAACAAGUGCGAUUUGGAGGGCGAGAGACAGGUUUCUAAGCAAGAGGGAGAAGCACUAGCCCGUUCCUUCGGCUGCAAAUUCAUCGAGACCUCCGCAAAGUCGCGCAUCAAUGUCGACAACGCCUUCUACGACCUUGUCCGCGAAAUCAGACGCUACAACAAGGAAAUGGCCGGAUACACAGCCGGUGGCAGUGGAGGCGGUGGCAGUAAUGGGCAGAUGGGGAAGCUGGACGUUGGUGACGGAGAGGGCAAUGAUAGGGGGUGCUGUGGGAAGUGCGUGAUUAUGUAA